AUGGCGACAGCUACUGGAUUCCCACAAGCAAGAGCCCCAGUUGAGAUUAUCAAUCGACAUCUUAACAACUUCUUUAGGACCCCGGAGGAACUACCGCGUACCUGGCCAUUCCAACUGAAACUUCUGGUGCAACAAUAUAACCUGACGCAUCAUGAAAGUCUGGGUUUCUCUCCAGCUGCACUGCUUUUCGGUCGGCAAACACCCCAACAGACUGGAAUUACUGUGGACUUGCUAAAGGACAAUGAACAACACGUCAUGGAAACCAACGAGAUCAGACGGCGAGCCGACCAGCGUAUGAAACAACUCCAGAGCGAAUUGGACGAGAAGAUGGCGCAUAUCAACUUUAAUCCUGUUGUUGGCAUGAUGGCAUGUGCUCGUAUCUUCCCGCAUGCGAAGCACGACACCCAAUUCUCUGAACCAAUACUUAUUGUAGGCGUGGAUUAUUUUAGAAAUGAGGUUUUACUGCAACAAGGGAAUCAGGUGAUCAGAAGGAAUUUCAAACAAAUCCGACUGUUGCCAAUAAUUGACUCUGAGGCAAUUUCGAACGAAACCCUGCGAGAGACCGACUCGUUUCAUAGACCAGAUGCAGAGACUACCCCUCGCAUUCACACGCUUGACGAAGAGAUCCCAAUUUCAGAUGCUGACCUAACACAACUUCCUUCACAACGGACCGACCUACCAGAACCUGUGAUUAUGGAACAUACUCAGAAUCGGAACCAAUCCACCCACACGCUUGACGAAGAGAUCCCAAUUUCAGAUGCUGACCUAACACAACUUCCUUCAGAACGGGCCGGCCUGCCAGAACCUGUGAUCAUGGAACAUACUCAGAAUCGAAAGAAACAUGAACGUCUCAUCCAUUCUCCUCCAUUGCUGCUUCCCAAAUCAAAAACGAAACGACACUCUUUGAUCAUUUUGAAUUUCACGAGUGCUAAUUCUCUCUUUGGGGGAGGGCAUAAUGUGAAAUAG